CAACAAGUUACCAUAGACAACUCGCUAUAGCAUUGCGUUAUCACACCACCGUUUUCCCGUUAGGGUUACUGUCCCCUUUUGUUUGCCACGACAUCGAAUCGCAUGUAAUGGCCCACGAAGUCAUCGACUACCUUCGCGUGACUUAAUUGUUUUAGUCGCACCAGAUACAAGCCAUCUAGACAUGUUUGGCUAGUAAAGCUUCCGGGGCAAGUAAGUACGGCGUUUCACCAAAACCAAUACGUUUUGCCUUCUCCUGUUCCCUUUUUCGAGGUGCCUGUAACUUUUAGGGGCCUUGUUAGGCAAGAAGCCGGUCGUAGUUGCCGUGUACGCUCCUUAAGGUGCCUUAAGUGUCCUUAGUUCGAGUAGUCCCCGGCUAUCGCUAGCUGCAUUUCAACGCCUAGCUUACCUUCAAUUCACCUACAUAUUCCUGAUGACAUCAACAUGACUUUGCAGGCGCGACUGCCGCUUGUUGCGCCCCGGUACUUCCCCCUCAGCCCGCGUCCCUUAGCUGCCACACCUACAAGCCAUGGAGGCGCCCCCACCGCUACCGCCAGCAAAGGCGACCUCCCGGCGAAAGCUUCCUCCUAUGCAGCCUGAGCGGCAGCCCUCGCUGUCCUCGCUGCAGGCAUCCCCACCAUCCUUAGCACCAGCACCAUUGCCACCCCCAUCACGGUCCGCAUCUCGGGCGGCAUCAGAAGCCUCGGAGUCUCUCGGAGCCCGGCCGCCCAGCCGCCCAGCGCAAGCAUUGCCGCAGUGGCCCCCCUCGGCAACGGACGCACUGCCCCCACCGGAGCGCCCCAACACUCGGGUCGAGGGCACUGCGUCUCCCCCUCCUCCUCCGCAACAAACGGGGGCGCCGGCACUGACCAGAACGUCUGCGCCGGUCCCCGCCGGCCCGCCAGACCAGCCCAGCCGGUCGCGCCCUAGCUCAGCCGGGCCGUCGCGCCCGGCCUCAGCCAAACCUCCGCGGCCCCCCGCGGCACCGCGGUCGCAGGAGCAGCAGCCAUUGCCACAGCAGCAGCAGCAAGAGCAGGCGGCGGCGCCAUCUUCCGCAGCAGCGCCGCCGCUCGCAGCACCGCCCCUAGACGAUGCAUCCCUGCAGGAGCAGCAGCUGCCAGGUACCCCCUCCCUACCCUCCUUCACAACGCCGUCUGCCGGCCCCCCAACAUCACCGCCCUCGCAGUCGCAGCGGCUAGUGGUCCUCGCCACCACAUCGCUCCCGCUGCCGGGUCCGCACCUGCGACCCACCACCGCACCCCUGCUGGAGGGCGCCUGGCGGCAGGGCGCCUCCGACCCGCCCCCGCAGGACCCGCUGGGGCGGACGAGCACCGCGCCCCUGCUGUGGCCGCAAAUGUCCGGGUCAGGGUUCGGCUCGCCUCUGAAGCGCUCCCACAGCAGCAGCAGCGCGCAGCCCGCCUCGCGGCUGGCCCUGGCGGCACCCAUACCAGCAUACCUACCGGGGCCAUCCAGGCCGCCGGCUGGGGCCUCUGCACCCGCGCCAGCAGCCAGCGCCGCACCCAUGCACCCUCCAGCACCUGUACCAGCACCUGUGGCUCCUGCGGGAGCAGCAGCAGAGGCGCGGGAGGCGCCGGCCCAGCCUGCACCCAGUUCGGAAGCACCCGGCCCCACAGCCCGCGAUCCCGCCAGCUUGCCGCCCCACCCGCCACCCCCACCCCUGCCGGCGGCCCGGGGCGCUGCAUCCCGGCAGUCAACAAGGGCGCUCGCUAGCUCCUCACUGGAUCGCCCCAUCUCCAGCUCGCUUCCAAUCCCGGUACCCAAGUUGCCAAAGUCGGCGCGGAGCGCAUCUGCCCAGCUGCAGCGGCCCUCCUCGAAGACCCCGGCCAAGGCCACCCCGCGGCCCUCGGGCUCCCUGACAGCCGGGAAGUCGAGGAGCCAGGCGGUAGAACCGCCCGCACCGCGCGAGGCCUGGGAGGCCAAGCCGCCCCGACGCUUCCCCAAACCCCCGCCACCGCCCAAAGCAGCGCCUCCCGCACCGCCACCGUCCUCGUCGCCCGCACCACUGCCGGUAUCAGCCGCCGCCGCCGCAGCAGCAGCAGCAGCCGUCGUGGCAUCAGCAGGAGCAGCCACAGCAGCAGGGGUAGCAUCGGCCGCAGCACCCGCCUCCACUCCCCGGGAAGCCCGGGAGCUCCCCGCCCCAGACCCUGCGUACCUGCCGCCACCCGAGCCCGCCAAGCCCCCCCUGGAUCAGCCCCCACCCCCCCUGCCCUCCGGCCCGCCCACCGGAGGCUCCCUGGCGCCGGGCACCGCGUGCUGCUCCACCCCGGAGGAGCCGGAGCAGCCGCGUGUGCCGGAUCCCGCCUUUGCGGCUGUUUCGCAUGAGGCUCCGAAACCCGGGUACCCGGCUAAGGGCAAGCUGGAGCCGGGGGGCGCUGCGGGUGCAGCAGCGGCAGGUGCAGGAGCGGUAGCGCCGCGGGGGAUGGCGGUGGUGGAGGAGACGGGGAAGAACAGUUGGGCAUGGCGAGCUCCCAACAGGAUAUCGCCCAGCCCCUAUGACGCGGGCGCGAGGGCGGCCAAGGGGCCUCCGGCCCCCGCCCCCGCCCCCUACCCCCUCGGCAAGCGCCGCUUCUGGUACCUGCUGGCCCUUGCGUUGGCUGCCCUGCUGCUUGUGGCGACGGUGGUGGUGCUCCCAACCGUCCUGUGAGUGGCAGCUGAGCGGCGGCUAACACACACACACACACACACACACACACACCGCCAGUUACACACGCCAGUUAUUUUAACACACACACCGGCUAACAGACUGCCCCGCUGCCCUGCAGACCCAGAACCAUACAUCGUUAAACUACACCCCCUGCCGCCCCCUGCUGUGACCCACAUCGCACCCCCUUUCCC